AUGCUACCUCUGUGGGGGGAGAAGAGAGAAGUCGGGAUCACAAAACCCCUGCCUCCUAUUCCAGGGCUCCAAACCGAAGCUGAGGCUAUUGCAAGGCCAAAACCUGAUGUGACCUGUCCUUACAAUAUCAUCAUGUGUCCAGCCAGUCUGAAGGCCUGGCAGCGGGUCAGGAGCCAGGUUCGCUCAGAGACUUUGGUGCUCAGAAGUACCAGGAAUUCAGGCUUCACCUGAGCCCAGGCUGGGAGGUACUUGCUGGAGGAUUUCCCUACCAAAGCUGUCUUCAAGGUCACCAUGACAGGGCUUUGGAGGCAGGACUCAGGGCUGUACCAGUGUGUGAUUCACCUCUCUUCUGAGAAUACUGAUGUCUUGCACGAUCAGAUUUGGCCAGGGCAUUGUGAAGAGUCCACACUUACCUUUGACCUCACAGACCUGCUGGUGCUGAUGUGUAGAUUCAUCCUGAACAAGGGCUUGGUAGUCUCUGUCCUGUUUGUCUUUCUCUGGAAAGCUGGGCCGAAGGUACAUGGUAUCACAGCCUCCCGAGGUGUGGAAAGCACAGGGAAUCCCUGGGCAGCAGCAGCCUUCCUGUUGAGAGCACACCUUCACUUCAUGAACUAG